AUGGAGGGCGGCGCCGUACGCCGGCAAAAGUUCUUCAAAAUCCUCCUGCCGGGCUCCUUCGAGUCCAGCUUGUCCCUGCCGCCCAAGUUCGCGGCGCGCCUCGACCGCCCGCCGGUGCUCGCCGUCGCGACGCUGCGCGACCCCGCUGGACGGUCGUGGCACGUGGGCCUCGUCCGGCACGGCGCCGCGGGCCUGCGCUUCGACGGGAAGGGGUGGCGCAGCUUCGUCGCCGGCUGCGGCCUCUCCGCCGGCCAGCUCCUCGUCUUCGACCACCUCGACGACCUCGACUUCGCCGUCGAGCCCUUCGACACGUCCGGCUGCAGCACCUCCUUCUUCGACGGCCAGCGUGGCGGCCCAAUGAUGAACUUCGACGACGACGCCGACGUGGAGUCCGGCAGGGGAUCGGUAGCGGGGGGUUGA